AUGUCGGUUAUCCGUCACAAGGACGGUCAUCCCAAUGUAAAAUUUUUCGAAUCAGUUGAAACAUUAAAUCAGUUUGAUACAAUUCGGAAAGCGUUACAGAAGAAAGAACUGAAAAAAGUCUUUGGUGACGAUCAAAGCCAUCUGAAUAAAGAGAACAUCGCUCAACUUGUUAUUCAAUUGUUACAUUUUCAAGAAGAUCAUCUUGGAAAACAAUCCAAUGGUUCAGCACCACUCAUACGCAUUCCUAUGGAAUGCUUCUUAGAUUUUCGAGAAACAGGUGCACUCUAUACGAUUAUUUAUGGCUGUUAUGAAUACAAAAACAAUAACAAUUGGAAAAAACUUGAUCUAUCGACACACUCUCGACCUGAAGUCAUCAAACUAUUUCAAUACAUUCAAAAGUUGUUAAUCGAACGGAAUGUGUUAACAUUACCGAUUUGUUAUUUACGUCCAAAUAUUGAGAAACGAUUACAAGCCCAAUUGAAACAAAUCAUCGAAAAGAACAACGGAACGGUCGCCGAAAAAGAAGAAGAUGCGGAUCAUAUCGUCUACCCACCAAUAACCGAAAAUCCAAAAGAAAUCGAUAGUGAACGUGAAAAUGAAAUCGUUCGCGUGGUUGAAAAACGUGGCAAAGAUUGCCGUUUGCAUUAUUGGUUUUAUCCGGAUUCAUUUGAUAUCUGGGUAUCGAAUGUCGACGCUGAAGAAUCCGAAAAGCGGGAUGAAACUUUCACAGGUAUUUGGCACGUCGCUGCCAAUUGGAUUUUAGACACAGCUGAAUUCAAUGAAUGGAUGAAUGAAGAAGAUUAUGAAAUUGACGAAGAUUUGGGACGAGAACAAGGAAGAAUCAAAUUGAAAAAUUGUGUUUCAGGAAGAAAAACAUUAUCCGUGCUUGUUCCUGAUCGUAAAACUGCACCAAGUCCAACAACGGUUUCAAGUGGACCAACGAAUAACUCGAAGAAGCGCGGUGCAGGGAAUUCAGCAGCUGCUAAACGAAAUAAAAAGAAGCGUGGUGUUAGCGGAAUGGAAAUAGAUGAAAAUGAUUUAUCGAAAGACGGAGAAAAUUCUCUGUCUCAAUCACUUUUCGACGAUCAAACAUCAUCAAGAACACCAUUAACUGGCCAAAAAAUUAAUGAUUCUCAAUUACCACGCGGUGGUACGUCGAAUGACUUAAAUGAUGAUGAAGAUGCUGAUGAUCAACAGAUCCAAGGUGAUUCCAAUCAAAUGAAACGAUUUCACGAACCUGAUGCGUGUGAACAAACGCAUCAUAUUGUUGUUCCUAGUUAUUCGGCAUGGUUUGAUUACAAUGCUAUCAAUUCCAUUGAAAAACGUGGAGUAAGCGAGUUCUUCAAUGGAAAAAAUCGAUCGAAAACACCUGAAAUUUACAUGGCCUAUCGAAAUUUCAUGAUUGAUACUUAUCGUUUAAAUCCAAGUGAAUAUUUGACUGUAACGGCAUGUCGGCGAAAUCUUGCGGGCGAUGUUUGUGCGAUAAUGCGUAUUCAUGCAUUUCUGGAGCAAUGGGGCUUAAUUAAUUAUCAAGUGGACGCUGAUUUACGCCCAACACCGAUGGGACCACCAUGUACAUCACAUUUCACGGUCUUAGGCGACACGCCAUGUGGUUUAGCGCCAGUUGGCCAUCCCAAAGCAAUACAACGAGAAAAUUCGACAUCAAAGCAAUUGCCAGACUUGAAACAAGAAACGAAACGUGAAGAGCGCGAUGUAGAAAAUACUUUGAGUUUAAAACCUGAUCAAUAUUAUAAGAAGCUCAGUUCGAAUCCUAAAACAAAAGUCAAAGAUUGGUCAGAUCAAGAAAUUCUUCUGUUGCUCGAGGGUCUUGAAAUGUAUAAAGAUGAUUGGAAUAAAGUCUGCGAGCAUGUUGGUACUCGAACUCAAGAUGAAUGUAUUCUCAAAUUUCUCCAAUUACCAAUUGAAGAUCCAUAUUUAGAAGGAAACGGUUCCUCACUAGGUCCACUCGCUUAUCAACCAAUACCAUUUAGUCAAAAUGGUAAUCCAGUUAUGUCGACCGUGGCAUUCCUUGCAUCAGUUGUUGAUCCACGUGUUGCAAGUGUCGCUGUGAAAGCGGCGUUAGACGAAUUUACAAAAAUGCGGGAUGAAGUUUCGCCAUCAUUUAUCGAAACGAAUCGAGAAGUUAUUGAAAAUGCCUUGAAGAAAGGAAAAGGACUUGAUGAAAAUUCCAGUUUAGAAUUACUUGGAUUAACCAGUAAUGCAGAAGGAGAAAAUUCCGUCGAGAAGACGAAGAAUGGCACCGAUAGUGAAGAUUCAUCGAAAGUGAAACAAGAGAAAAUGGAUGUUAAUGAUGAACAACCACAAUCGCAAUCAACUGCAGAUAAAUCGAUCAAUCACGACGAUGAAUCGAAACAAAUGGAUGUCGAUGAAAAUGAUAAAUCAACAACAGAAGCCAAUACUCGAAGUGGUGAGACACAAAUCAUUCCCGAUGAAACAUCAUCAAGUGUGCCGAAAACGACGAGUACUAAUGCUGAUCAAGAUUCAAAGAAAAUUUCCAGCAAUGAUGCGAACGAACGAGACAUCAAAGCAGCUGCUGCAAGUGCAUUGGGUGCAGCAGCAGUCAAAGCUAAACAUUUAGCGACGAUCGAAGAACGGAAAAUCAAAUCCGCUGUCGCUCAAGUUGUUGAAAUGCAAAUAAAGAAACUCGAAAUCAAAUUGCGACAUUUCGAAGAAUUAGAAACAAUCAUGGAUCGUGAACGUGAAACACUAGAAAUUCAACGGCAACAACUCUUACAAGAGCGACAACAAUUUCAAUUAGAACAAAUCAAAACAUCGGAAUUGAAACACCGGCAAACAACAAGCCUGCCAACCAAUGUAAAUAAUAUUCCGGCUCCAAUGAUUAACUUAAAUGGUAAACCAUCGUCAAACACUAGUCCACCACCACUUCCUCCACCCAACACAACAAACCCAACAGCAGCAACAACAUCGGCAAUACCAGCAGGAGGAAACAUUCCCCCACCAACAACGAAUGGAACCGAGCCAAUGAUGACAAAUGAAGAUUCAACUGAUUCUCAACCAAGCGAUGUUGCUUCACCUGCUCCAGCUGGAUCAUUACCAACUAUAGAAAACGAAAAUCCAAAUAUCGCAGGCGGUACUGUAGAAGAAACAACAACGGUCACAACAGUUAGUUCAACAACGGAAACAACAUCUACUCUUGGUGUUACAAUUAAUAAUACGACAAUUACGACAACGGAAAAGAUGCUCAUUGUAAACACCGGUGAAAAUGGGGGUUUGUCAGGAGAUAGUGAAUCAUCUGAUGUUCAAGAUGACUUGUCCAUGUCUUCGUUAUCAUUACCCACAACACGAAAACCCAAUCGAUCUACAACUGAAAUAUCCCGCUCGUCAUCCGCGGGACAUUUUCGUCCGAUGUCCGAUCGAUAUGGAUCUCAGGAACAUUUACCAACUGGACCAUCAUCUUCAUCGUAUUCCAGUAAUCCAAAUCUCGAAGAUGACAAACGACGAUAUCAAUGUUCGACAUGUUCGAAACGAUUCAAACAUAAACAUCAUCUGAAAGAACACGAACGCCUACAUACUGGAGAAAAGCCGUACACAUGUGAUAAGUGUGGCAAACGCUUCAGUCAUUCCGGUAUUUGA